CCAACACAUCUUCCUGUCCUCCACCUCUAAGAUACCCAGUCCCCUUUCAAGAUGUUCGUUUUCAAGCGUGAUGGACGCAAAGAGCGUGUUCAGUUCGACAAGAUCACAGCCCGCGUGUCCAGGCUCUGUUACGGCUUGGACCCGGAGCAUGUCGACGCCGCUGCAAUCACACAGAAGGUCAUCUCUGGCGUGUACCAGGGCGUGACCACCGUCGAACUUGACAACUUGGCCGCUGAGACGGCAGCGUACAUGACUGUCACGCAUCCCGACUAUGCCAUCCUCGCCGCUCGUAUUGCCGUCUCGAAUCUGCACAAACAGACAAAGAAGCAAUGGUCCGCUGUCGUGUCAGACCUCUACCACUACAUCAACCCCAAGAACAAUAAGCACGCUCCGAUGAUUGCAAAGGACGUGUAUGAUGUUGUUAUGGAGCAUGCGGAAGAGUUGAACUCUGCUAUUGUCUACGAUCGCGACUUCAACUAUCAGUUCUUCGGUUUCAAGACCCUCGAACGAUCAUAUCUCCUCAAGAUCAACGGCAAGACGGCCGAGCGCCCACAGCACAUGCUGAUGCGUGUUGCCGUUGGCAUCUGGGGUGCCGACAUUGAGCGUGUGCUGCAGACAUACAACUACAUGUCGCUCAAGUACUUCACAUUCGCGUCGCCGACUCUCUUCAACGCUGGUACACCCCAGCCGCAGAUGUCAUCGUGCUUCCUCAUUGAUAUGAAGGAGGACAGCAUUGAUGGUAUCUACGAUACCCUCAAGACUUGUGCGUUAAUUUCCAAGACCGCUGGCGGUAUUGGUUUGGCCGUCCACCGCAUCCGUGCUACCGGCUCCUACAUUGGCGGCACGAAUGGAACUUCGAAUGGUCUCAUUCCUAUGCUCCGUGUGUACAACAACACUGCGCGUUACGUCGAUCAGGGCGGCAACAAGCGCCCUGGUGCCUUCGCUAUCUACCUAGAGCCCUGGCAUGCGGACGUUUUUGGAUUCCUCGACCUCCGGAAGAAUCAUGGCAAGGAAGAAAUUCGCGCACGCGACCUCUUCUACGCACUCUGGAUCCCAGAUCUCUUCAUGAAGCGAGUGCAAGACAACGGCGAGUGGACGCUCAUGUGCCCGAACGAGUGCCCUGGCCUGGCUGAUGUCUAUGGCGACGAAUUUGAAGAGCUAUAUCACAAAUACGAACGAGAGGGCCGCGGUCGCGAGACUGUACGUGCACAAAAGCUGUGGUAUGCUAUUCUAGAAGCCCAGACUGAGACUGGAAAUCCCUACAUGCUCUACAAGGACGCUUGCAACCGCAAGAGCAACCAGAAGAAUCUUGGAACUAUCCGCAGCUCCAAUCUCUGCACUGAGAUAAUCGAGUACACUGCCCCCGACGAAGUUGCUGUGUGUAAUCUUGCAUCUUUGGCCCUUCCGUCUUACAUCGACUAUGCUCGUGGAGAAUACGACUUUGCAAAACUGCAUGAGGUGACCCAGAUUGUUACUCGCAGUCUCAACAAGAUCAUUGAACGCAAUCACUACCCUGUCGAGGAGGCACGCCGAAGCAACAUGCGUCAUCGCCCGGUUGGUCUUGGUGUCCAAGGUCUCGCCGAUGUCUUCCUUGCUCUUCGUCAUCCAUUCGAGUCACCAGAGGCCAAGAAACUCAACAUUCAGAUCUUUGAGACCAUCUAUCACGCUGCCCUCACGGAGUCCUACAACAUCGCUAAAGAGCUCGGCCCCUAUGAGACCUACGAAGGCUCCCCCGUCUCGCAGGGUAUCCUUCAGUACGACAUGUGGAACGUGACUCCUACCGACCUGUGGGACUGGUCUGAACUGAAAGAGAAGAUUGCGAAGCAUGGCGUUCGUAACUCUCUGCUCGUUGCGCCCAUGCCUACGGCCUCCACAUCGCAGAUCCUGGGCAACAACGAAUGCUUUGAGCCAUACACUUCCAACAUUUACUCUCGUCGUGUGCUAGCGGGCGAAUUUCAGGUCGUCAACCCUUGGCUCCUCAAGGACCUGGUUGAUAUGGGUCUGUGGUCCGAUAACAUGAAGAACCGCAUCAUCGCCGAUGGAGGCUCGAUCCAGCGCAUCCCGAACAUCCCUGAUGACAUUAAGGCUCUCUAUAAGACUGUCUGGGAAAUCUCCCAGCGCAAUAUCAUCCAGAUGGCUGCUGACCGUGGUGCAUUCAUCGACCAGUCUCAGUCGCUGAACAUUCACAUGAAGGAGCCCACCAUGGGUAAGAUCACAAGCAUGCACUUUGCUGGCUGGAAACUUGGACUCAAGACAGGCAUGUAUUAUCUACGAACUAUGGCUGCUUCCGCUCCCAUUCAAUUCACCGUCGACCAAGAGGCUCUCAAGGUUGCCGACACGAAUAUCGCGAAGUCACUCGGGAUCGGCAAAAAGCGGGGCAUGCCAUCAGGGGCUUACCCAAGCUCCCCAUCCCCAUCAGCUGUCCCUCGACCCAUGUAUAUGGCGAAGACUCCUAAUGGUAGCCCGGCCAUAACAUCUCCAAACGGUGUACCCACACCCUCAUCUACUCCACCCCCGACCAACGAGAACAAGCGUCUCUAUACUGAAACCUCUCAGAAGGACAGCGCCCUCGCCUCGAAACCGUUCAAGGCGGAUGUUGAGGAAGGCGAAAGCCCCAAGCUGCUCAGCACCGACCCUGAAGGAAAGCCUUCGGCUGGCGAGGAGCUUCCCGAAGCUGCCAUGAAGCAAGAAGAGGACAACGACUCGGAGAGUGGUGCGAGAGAAGAGGACAUCUAUGCCGACAAGGUGCUUCAGUGUUCCAUCGAGAACAAGGAGGCCUGCGUCAUGUGCAGUGGUUAACCGUGCAGUUUAACAUAUUGCGGGUGCGAUGUAUGACUUAUGUUAGAUGGGAUUUCAGGCGACUGUGGUCUCUUUUGUACGAUCUUUAUGGAUCACGGCGUUUCUCACAUUUACUGUUGGCUUCUUUGUUUGCUUCAUGGACAUCGGUCUUGUCUUGAGGACUUAAUAGCUCUCGUUGGUGAGCAGCGCGAAUGCCAUGCUGUUUAUGCUUAGUCCAAAUAUUGGUGUUAUGAUCCAGUGAUUUAGUCCCGCAGUGAACCGCGGAAAUGCGAGUAUUGGAAAGCACACAACGUUGCGCUCUGACAAUCCGGCGACUUCUGGGUAUAUAAGGCAGCUCCCCUCUACAUGAAAAGGGUGAUGUCUCUUGUGAUCUUCG